UGUGACGUGCCUUCAUCACAUGUCAAAAAAAGACGAAAACAAAUACAAACACAACAUCGACCUGGCGAAACGACAACCCAAUGUUGCUCCCUGAACUGAAAGAUAUAUAGCAUAGUUUUUAAUACACGUGUCUCCGCUAAUAUAUUGACUAAAGUAUUGUUUGAUAGAAGCCAUGGCGGAAGAAAACCUUGAGGCCAAGUUAAAACAUCACCUCAAACAAGAUAAGAUCCAGCUGUGGAACCCACCGUACACCAAUGACAACAACGAGCCCGGAAAAACACAGAUGCAGGACCUGGCAGAAGGCUAUGCCCCUAUGGUAGGCUUCUCUGUGUCAGAGGUGGGCUCUGUGUUGGAGGCCAUCAGAGCCCAGACGGUGAAGAGAGGCCAGGGCAACAAGGCCUUCAAAGAGACUUGUGUGGCCACAUUGGAACUGAUGCUGCCCAGGGAUGGGAAAAAGGAAACCAAGAAAAAGAACUACCUGGAGACCAAGCUUGAUUUUCCAGUCCAGGAGAUCAUGAACAGAAUUGGAGAGAAGUACGGCUUCAAGUACAUUAAGUUGAUUCUCAACGGCAAAACUCUUUCUGCUGACCAGCGGCUGGACGAGCAGGGCGUGAGGAACAACAGCAAGAUCAUGGUGCUGAGGGUGAACGAGGAGGACCGCAGGAGACAGAUCACAGAGGAGGAGCAGAAGAAGAACCAGAAGGAGAGCAUCGACAGAACGCAGAAAGGCUUCCAGAUCCUCUCAGAGCGAGACGGCAGUGAAGACCCAGAGACCACACCCUUCCUGGAGAUAGCCGACCAGAAGGGAAACCCACUUCAAAUUCCUCACGAGGAAAAGAAGGCUCUGAUCCUGGCCAUGGGUUUCCAUGAGAAAGGUCGAUCUCUGUUGAAGAGGAAGCAGCACGACAACGCACUGUGUCACCUGCUGCAGGCCGACCAACAGUUUGGGCGCUGUGGCUCCGCCCUGCUGACCAGUGUGGAUAACUACGCGGUGCUCCAGCUGGACAUCGUGUGGUGCUACCAGGCACUGGAGGCGCUCUCCUGUCUGGACGACGGCAAGAUGAGGCUGCAGAAAGCGGAGGACUGCUUCCUGCACUGCUACGGAGAGCAGCAGCAGAGACUGCUCAUGAUCAAGGGGAGCCAAGGCAGGGAGGAGGUGUUGUUCCUCAGACUGUACCUGCUGCAGAGUCUGCUCUCCUACGUAGAAGGAAACGACAGCCAGGCCGCACAACAGCUGCAGAAGGUGGAGUCGUUGUACAGCCGUCUGUGUCCAGACCUUGAUAAGAUGACCCAGCUGAUGAGCCUGGGGUUCAGUGAGAGAGAGGCGCGACUCGGCCUCCGCGCCUGUCAGGGAGACGUCGAGGAGGCCGCCAUCCACAUCACCAACCGCAGACAGGAGCGGGAGGCGCUGAAGGAGCGCGAGGAGGCCAAGAGGAGCAGCAGGCUGGAGGCCGUGGCCGUGCUCACAGAGAUGGGCUACUCCAGGGCCGACGCCUCCAGGGCCCUACAUCAGGCCCAGGGGGACGUGAACCGGGCCUACGCUAUCCUUGUCGAUGCACAAACUGUCUUGGUGACCAAUAACAACUCCGAGAGCGCCGUCAGUGAAGAGCUGGUCCAACAGCUGUUGUAUCUGGGCUUUGAGAGGCAGGUGUCUGAGACGGCUCUGAGGUUGACGGACGGGGACCUCCAAUUAGCCACUCAGCUGUUGCUAGACAACCAGGGCGUCCUGUCCCCCGACCUGCUGUCAGCCUCCCCACCCUCGUCCCCCUCCGAGGAGCACAGCAGCUCCUCGGAUGACCCCAGCACCUCCCGGCACCGGCCCAGGACCUCCUCAAAGGCCAAAGAGGACCGGGAGCUAGUGAACGAGGUGCUGGAGGACAUCUCUCGUCACGAGGAAGACUACCUGGACCUCACCCUGGAGGAGGAGAGCGAACUGAUCGCUACCAUGAAGAGUUACCUCAGCCGGGGCAACGCACACGCCGUCUAACACACACAAAAACAUUUAGAUUACAUAAGCACACACAUGCAUACAUCGUACAGCCAGACAGACAGACACAAUCUCUCUUUCUCUAAUGUAGACACGGACACACACACUCUCUCAACAGUCUCACACACAAUAAUGUCAUACAAAGUUGACAUGAACUUCUGUACAUGCUUCAUAAUAUUCAAUUGUGCCUCGCAGUUGCCCAAACGCGUUUCUGCACACAGACAGGGUAUGUCAUCAAAAGCAAUAACUUCAAAGGUGAGACAGCCGACCUUGGAUUUAUUUGUUUCCCUUGUCUCAUUCCCCUAUACAUAAUCUGAUGAUAAUAUGUUGUUCUGUAAUCAACAGAAUUUUUGGCUGUUCAUUUGAUUCAUUCUUUGUUUUCAAGUUAUUUGAGAAGAUCUCAGAUAAAUUCUUUACAUUUAACGAAAGUGAUCUAGGACGAUCUGUUAUUAGUUUUCAUAUUUAUAAAAUUUGCUUGGCUGUACAAUUUAAAUCUCUUCUUUAGAUUUAUUUGUAUUUGUUUUUUUAUUUUUGGGAACUUCAUUAUUUAAACUCCAACUGUCCUCAGCCUGAUUUUUACUUUGAAAUUAUGAAUUUUACUUUGAAACUAUGACUUUUACUUUGAAAUUAUGAAUUUACUUUAGAAAUUCAUAAUGUUUAAUGAUAAAGCAAGUCCGAUCCUAGAUCGUGUUGGUGUUUUUUUACACAGUGGUUUGAUAUUGAGCUGAAGGUUCUGCCCAUUUAAAUCGUGGGGGAAGCUCGAUCGGUUAUCCACCACCAACCAAGGACAGAGGGGUUACUGGGUCGCUGUUGUUUCAGUUGAAAUGGAUCCCAGUUAAACCUUCAUAAUGACUUUUUCUAAAGGACUUACGUUUCUGAUAAUGCUUUGUAAAACGUCUUCAGUGCAAUUUAUUUAAAGUUAAUUUUAAGUUAGUGAAUAUGUUGCCCUCGACAUAUAGUUUUUUUAUAACAAAACUCAUUGCAAUUUGCAUGAUUUAUUUUCCUUAAUUGAAGAAGAAAAAAAUAUUGUUUGUCCAAGGGGAAAGGUUUUUUGUUUGUUUUUUGUGUUUGAAGUCCUUGGUAAAGAAUAUUAUUAUUGUUAUGAGUUGUUAUGAAUUAUUAUUUCAUGUGGUUUUUAAAACUGCAAUAGCAUGUUAACAUUUGCCGUAUUACCGGCAAUAUCAUGCCGAGCGAGUGUUAAUUUCAUGUCAAAUUUUACUAUUCAUUUGUUUAGGGGAGACAUUUGUUUGCUUUUUCAACGUGCACAUAUUUUCUGGAUGCAUUGCAUUGAUUUGGAAUUCUAUCGUAUUGAAGUUUCCGAUGCAACAGCACUUUUUGUUUCAUUGAAGCCAUUUGUUGUUCUUAUAUAUAAUUCAGUAAAUACAGAUUUGAAUAUC